AUGCAAGUUCUCAUCAAGAAGAUCAUUGGAAAUCCAGUAGCAUAUGAAAUAGACAAUUACGACAGAGUUGAAGAUAUUAAAGCAAAGAUUCAAGCCCAAGAAGGUGUUCCAUUAAAUCAGCAAGAUUUAAUUUAUUCCGGAAUGCGUCUUAUUAAUGGUUCAACAAUCCAGGACUAUUCAUUAAAGAGGAAUGAUACUAUUCAUCUCAUUAUACGCAUGACCGGUUUCUAA